AUGCCUUAUUCCAGACGCUCCUCAGGUUCUGAUGCCGAAUAUGUAUUGAUGCCAGUUCGCAGUCAUGCGGGUAGCGAGUAUGGACGCUCUCGUCGUGGCGGUGACGGGCGGCGCUCUCCCGUGGAGGCGGUGGUCAAUAACUAUCUAGGCGUGCCUCAGCAACGACCUCGGGCUUCAAGUCAAGGCGGGGGACCUGCACCUACUAUCGUGAACAUUGGGACCCUCCCAUCCGAAAGAGGCCAUAGCCGGUCCCGCAGCCGUCAUCGUCGCAGAAGCAGGAGCAGGAGUCGAUCCAGUUCCGAAUAUUCUAGCGAUCGAUCCAGAUCAUACCAUCGCAGCCGUCGUGGAAGCUACCGACCAAAGAAGGUGGUGGGCGAGGAUGACGUUCCAUACCACCUUCGUAAGGAAAUCGACUACGCUCGGCUCUCGCGAAAAGAAGAGGAGGAGAGAAGACUGAUGGAGAGGAUGAAGAAAGAUCGUGAAGAGGCCAAGAAACAAUGGCAGUACGAAGAAGAGAAGGAGAAGGAGCGUGCCAAACGAGACCGUGAGGAUGCAAAGAGGCGAUGGCAGAUCGAGGAAGAUCUCGAGAAGGAACGCAAGAAGAAAGAGCGUGAGGCAGUCCUGCUGGAGGCCAAACUGGAAGAAGAACGGAAAAAGAAAGAAGCCGAAGAGUUGAGGAAAAAGGUGCUGAAAGACGAGGAAGAAAGAAUCAAGAAAGAGAAGGAGAAGAAGAAGGCUGAGGAGGAAGAGUUUGAGCGAAAGGUCAAAGAGAAGUUCAUGAAGGCCGGCUACAGUCCAGACUACAUUGAGGAAGUGCUGCACAAGAAGAAAGAAGAAAAGACGACAUUGGCAAUUGAUCUUCAUCGGCCGACUUACAUCAAAGUCAAUCGCAAAUAUCUACAUCCUGAUACUCUGGAUGCCUACGGACUACCUUGGGAAUGGGACGGGCGAGACGAGGAAUACAUCAUCAUCAAGAAAUACAUCGACCACAGUCUACAGGACGAGUUGUUUGAACACACACGGAAACUCAAAGAGCGCAAACUCAUCACCGGUCCCUACAUUAAGGAGACCAAGACCAUCACCACACUGACGCCCAAUGACACUUUUGUCAAGAAAGGUGAUAAAAUGUAUGUCGUCCGUGAGAAGAGUCAGACUCGGAGCAAGAGUCCUGCUGGUCGAAGAUCUAGCUGGAUGUUCACAUGA